AUGAGUCGAUCUGCUUUUUUCGAGCAGGAGCGCAGACUUCAGGCGGAGAGAUAUAUCAAGUACAGAGGAACAGCACGGGUCAGACUUGAACACAUGCAUUUUGAGUGGAAUGAGACCAGAGAGCUUAAUCGCAAAAAUGUACAGAGGCUGAGAGAGGUAUUUCGAACAGAGAACGUUCGUCGACUGGAACCCAGAAAUCAUAUCCCAGCUGUAGUUGACCAAGCUGAGCUCGACAGUGCCCUGCAGCUUUCAAAGUGCUCAGCAGAGACGCUGCUGAGUAAUACGAACGCCGAGCCUCCGGAGCUAAAGUUUCCUGCACGCCAUCGCGUUACUUGUCUUCACGGGCGCCACCGCGUCCAGGCAGCCCGAGAGACGCUUCCUCCAACGGAUGCCUGGUGGGUUGUGGAUUUCUACCUCAAAGACUCCAACCCGGGGUUCCGAACGACGUUAAUCGAAGAAUAUUCGAAUGAAGAGAAGCCAUCCGAUGGAGAGAUCUAUCGAAAGAUCCGUCAGUAUGAGCGAGAGGGAAAUAUAUGUUUCAAGAAGCGUUGGAAGGCUCUUCUCUCUAAACAUGGCCGUCGCAGCCUCCAACAACUCUCCAACCAUCGGGAGGGAGAGCUCGCUGCGGCAUUUGACAAUCUUUUGGACAUUCCGGGACUUUGGGCCGGCAUGAGGAUCAGCACCUUGCAUAAGAUCAUGCAGAUGAAAUGCGACGAGGAAGUGAUUCACUACCUCUUUCACAUCAAGAAUAUUUGGGAUGGGCUCCUGCGCAGAGACAAGGCUGCGCUUCAGAGAGUCGAUGAAGCUACCGUGGAAGCCUUGGAAACCAGAGCUCCAAGGUGCUCGAGACAAGAUGCUCUACUCCUAGAGGGCCAACUGCUGAGCGGCCAGAUCUUCACUGCGUUUAGUAGAGCGGAGCGUGAAGAGAUAUGGCACGCGCUACAGUCCAUCGACUGCGUCAUCCCUUCUUUAUACACCUUCUUUGAAGACGUCAAAUACCUUCACGACUGUGCCAACUGCUUGAAGCGGCUGAUCAAAUUGCCGCGAGGGAGUACAAUCUCACUUGCCUUACAACGGAACUUUCCUUACAACUAUAAUGCAGAUGGACAGUGUGUCAUAGAGACUGCUGAAUCUACCUUCGUCGUCAGGUCACAACCAACCGAUGCCCUCAAUCUAGGGUACCGGCAAUUAUGGGCCUUUGCAAUGCGCCAUUAUCGGGAGAUGCCUGCGGAAGCGAAGAAGGAUAGCAAAGACCUACUGGCGAGGGCCGCGGUGGAGCGAGCAGACGAGGGAGUUCUAUCUGAGUUUGCUGCUCUUGCCGAUCGGUUAGGAUUCCAUUCCAGCAAGAUCCAAGCGCUGAAGCAGCUGUCGUCGGAUGCCCAGAUUGCACGGAAUGCCUUGCUCAAGGCUCGUAAACCCAGCCGCUAUCAAUACGACCAGGCGGCAAUGGAGGCCCAUGUGGCGCAAAUAAUGAGAAUGUUCACAACUGCUACCCCGAUCUCCCGUCAGAAUUCAAACCCGACGCUUGUUUCCGACAACCCAGAUGCACCAGGGAAGCGAUGUGGCUUUCCCGAUGGGGAUUCUCAGCAACGGGACAAAGAGUAUUUGUUUAUACCUCAUCUGCACCAAAGAGAGGAGGAACAAGGUGAGUACAUAACGUCUUUCUUUGUGCGUCGAUCUGUCUAUCUGGCCUUUCUUGGUAAACUGGAGGACUCAGAAAAUGGUUACGGCUAUGGAAUGUCCUUGCCUCAAUGCCUGCCGAAGAGGGUCGAGACCCUGCUCGGCAUGGGCGGAGCCGAGACCAAGAUCGAGAAAGUUGGCAACAGCUAG